CAGCUUGCAGCAUUGAAAUGUAAACAGUGGAAAGAAAGACAGAGUGAAAAGCACUUAGCCCUGAGCAGCAAGCAGCACGCUGCAAGAUUUGAUGGCUCUUGUAAUAUACCUUCUGUGCAUCUAGCUGUACAGGACUUGAUGAAUCAGCAACAGAUACUUCUGAGAAUCUCUCUUCCGUGGAUUUAAUAUAGGGCGCAAUUGGGAUGCACUAGCCUUCUUCGUCACUGCAGCUCCUGUGUGCUCUGCACUGUAGUUCAAACGGGGCAAUGGAAAUGAAUAUGAAGAAGUUCACAGUGCGUAGGUUCUUUUCAGUAUAUCUCCGCAAGAAGUCUCGGUCGAAGAGCUCAAGUUUAAGUAGAUUUGAGGAAGAAGGUAUAGUGAAGGAAAUAGACAUCAGUCAUCAUGUAAAGGAAGGUUUUGAAAAGGCGGAUCCUUCACAGUUUGAGUUGCUGAAAGUAUUAGGGCAAGGUUCCUACGGAAAGGUCUUUCUGGUGAGGAAGAUCAAAGGAUCUGAUGCUGGCCAGCUUUAUGCAAUGAAGGUACUUAAGAAAGCAACUCUGAAAGUUCGGGAUCGGGUACGAUCGAAAAUGGAGAGAGAUAUUUUGGCAGAAGUGAAUCAUCCUUUCAUAGUCAAGCUUCAUUAUGCAUUUCAAACAGAGGGAAAGUUGUAUCUAAUACUAGAUUUCCUGCGGGGAGGGGACCUUUUCACAAGACUCUCCAAAGAGGUAAUGUUUACAGAAGAGGAUGUCAAGUUCUACUUAGCUGAGCUGGCCUUGGCUUUAGACCACCUCCAUAGUCUUGGAAUUAUUUACAGGGAUCUAAAACCAGAAAACAUCCUCCUAGAUGAAGAGGGUCACAUUAAGAUUACAGAUUUUGGCCUGAGCAAGGAGGCCAUUGACCAUGACAAGAGAGCGUAUUCAUUCUGUGGGACAAUAGAGUACAUGGCCCCAGAGGUGGUCAACCGGCGAGGACACACGCAGAGUGCAGACUGGUGGUCCUUUGGUGUGCUAAUGUUUGAGAUGCUGACAGGGUCAUUACCAUUCCAGGGAAAAGACAGAAAGGAGACAAUGGCUCUCAUUCUCAAAGCCAAGCUAGGAAUGCCUCAGUUUUUGAGCAUAGAAGCCCAAAGUUUGCUGAGAGCCCUCUUCAAAAGGAACCCAUCCAACAGAUUAGGUGCUGGCCUCGAUGGAGUUGAAGAAAUUAAACGGCACCUGUUCUUUGUUACUAUAGACUGGAAUAAACUAUAUAGAAAAGAAAUCAAGCCACCUUUUAAACCAGCGGUGGGACGGCCAGAAGACACGUUUCAUUUUGACCCGGAGUUCACAUCACGGACCCCUACAGAUUCCCCUGGUGUUCCUCCCAGUGCCAAUGCUCAUCAUCUUUUUAGAGGAUUCAGCUUCAUUGCAUCCAGCUUGGUGCAAGAGCCUUCACAGCCAGAUUUGCACAAAAUCACAGUUCAUCCAAUUGUGCAGCAGUUACAUGGGAACAAUAUUCAUUUUACAGAUGGAUAUGAGAUCAAGGAGGACAUAGGUGUUGGCUCCUAUUCAGUAUGCAAGAGGUGUGUGCAUAAAGUAACAGAAGCAGAGUUUGCAGUGAAGGUAAGAAAUCAUCUUGGCAGAUGCAAAUAUAUGGUGGGAUAG